AUGUGGCAGGGUACCGUUGCAACAGCGAGAUUAUUUAGAAGAGUUCCAGACAGGAACGAGAAAGGGGAGAUGGGAAGAGAGAGGGAAUAUAAGGAAAGGGAAGGAGAGAAGGGAGGAUACCAAGGUAGAGGAAAGAAAUGUGAGAUACAAUUUUAA